UCGCGGCUCCUGGUCUAAUUGAGCGGGGGAAGAUGGCGUCGGAAGUUCCAAGAAUGGAGCAGGAUGUCGAAGACGGAGAGAUUUCGGGCUCGGACUGCGAAAUGCCGGUCUCGGCUCCUUCCAGGAGUCCCCAACAGAAUGAUAACGGUAAUCCAGCAAUAUCUUUUCCAAGCAGCAGUUCACAAUCAGCAACAAGUGUUCCUUAUCGGACAGUGAAAAGUAUGGAUUCAACUGAUGAAAGUUUUUCAGAUUCUGAUGAAGAGAGUGGUCUAUGGAAGCGAAAGCGACAAAAAUGUUCAAACCUUCCUCCCCCCAAACCAGAGCUUUUCCAAUUUCCUCCAAACUCUCACAAACAGAUCCCUAAAAAAGUCAACAAUAUAUGGGGUGAAGUUUUGCAAAGACAGAAUCAAGAUGAUAUGGCAAAAAACCUUGGGAUUCUAUGGAUGGAUGGCAAUCUGGACAAAAGUCGAGGAUCAGAGGCCUACAACUACAUGUUAGCAAAACAGUUGGUGAAAGAAUCUGAAUCAGAAGUAGAGAAGACAUUAGACAAAGAGUUGGAUGAAUAUAUGCAAGAUGAUAAAAAGAUUGUAUCAAAAGAGGAGGAGUGGGAGGUGAAUAGACAAAGUCUCUGGAAACGGAAAAGGCCCAUAAAGGAGAGAGUGGGUCAAAGACAAGAAAUGAAUUUUAAAGGGAGGUAUGAAAUUACAGAAGAUGAUCCUGAAGAAAAAGUGGCAGAUGAAAUUGCCUAUCGACUUCAUGAACCAAAGAAAGAUCUAAUUGUACGGGUAGUGAAAAUCAUUGGGAAAAAGAAAUCUAUUGAACUACUGAUGGAAACAGCUGAGGUGGAGCAAAAUGGAGGUCUUUUAAUCAUGGAUGGUUCUAGAAGAAGAACUCCAGGUGGGGUUUAUAUAAAUUUGCUGAAAAACACACCUUGCAUAACCAGUGAACAAAUUAAGUGUUGCAGCGAUUACUCUUAAGAAAUUUCAUGUUCAACUCUUCCUCAUAUAUCUGCAAGUAUGCAAAAAUGAACAGACAAAAAAGGUGGUACAUUCAAAAUUAGCAUUCCCUAAUAAUUAAAUUCUUCAUUUUUUAAGGCAACUGCCUGUAAAUAGUUACUCUUCUCAAUAAUAUAAUGAUGGAAUAAUCCAAGCCAUCAAAAUAGUAACAAUAAUUCUCUUAUUGAAGUCAUGAGUCCUCAGUUGUAGUAAGUCAGCUAAAUAACACCCCACUGUUGUGUUCUAUAUUUGAAUCCUGCCCAACUCUAUUCGAAAGAUGUAUGGAGCAGAUGGGAGUAACCCUGCCUGGUGCUUUUCUUUAUUCCAAACUGUAGGAUGACUAUUCUUUUCAUACGGAGUCUCAGUAUGCUGUUUUGCUCUCUUCUUUGUAGAGUACAUUUUUAAUGUGUAAUGAAGAAAACAUAUGUAAUCUUUACAAAGCAUGAAGUUCCAAAAGUGGAUGGAAGAGAAUGCUGAGUUGAUGGGCCACUUUAUUGCUUAGGGUCUCUCUCUUCUGAGCUGUAGACAAAGGGGAGGACCCUCAUGUAGAGUCUCUGCAGGGAUGUAUUUGGGAAAUAUAAAGCUAAUUCUCCAAAAGACAAAGGAUCUUUGUAUCUCUCACUUCUCUAUUUGACCAUAUUUCAAAGCCAGAUUCUCUUUAUGGCAUAUUUCAUAUCUACAAUAAACUGGCUCAUUUUCCUGAUUUUUUUUGUUCCUUCCUUUCAAUAGAUUCAAAGUAUGUCUCUCAAUUUUUAGAAACUCUUUUUCAAUAUUAUAAAUGGAGAGACAUUUAUUUUAUUAUAAAGUUAUUAUUUUAUAACAAGACUUUCUUUUAACUCUACAGAGAAUAAUACAUUUUCAAAUAAUUCUGCAGCAA